AUAUCUCCACGGCUUGCUGCGGGCGGCAGUCGUUUCCAGGGGGCUGCUCCCCGGGGGCAGCGGGGUACGGCUGCGGACUGGGGCUUGGUGGUGCCCAGGGAGCAGCUGGAUCGCACCCGAGUCCGCUUCACGCCGGGCAGAGCCUUCCACCCACUGACAGAGCGGGUGUGGAGAACAGGUAUCGAGGUCGUGUCCUCAGGAACGUGUGGACAUGGACGUUUUGGUGAAAUUCGUACUAUCGGAAACGUCUUCAGCUGCGUGGAAAGUUCCUUUUCUCUGGGCACUGAGAAGCGUCACGGUGCAAAGCUCACCACUAAGAGACUUUUCAGCACUUCACACUCUUCAGUGGAUUCAGAGGAAAUGAAAAGAUUCCAGCUCCUCGCACACAAGUGGUGGGAUGAAGAGGGAGAGUAUGCAGCCCUUCAUUCUAUGAAUGACAUCAGAGUGCCGUUUAUCAGAGAUACUCUGUUGAACCUGCGUAGGAACUAUCACCUGGGAAAGCCGCUCGCUGGAGUGAAGAUUCUGGACGUUGGCUGUGGCGGUGGCCUGCUGAGUGAGCCUCUAGGCAGACUGGGAGCUUCAGUUACUGGAAUCGAUCCUCUGGAGGACAACAUCAGAACAGCAGAUCAGCACAAGUCAUUUGAUCCUGUCCUGGCCAAGAGAAUACAGUACAAGUCCAGCUCACUGGAGGAGAUUGUGGAUGAGUCUGUGGAAACCUUUGAUGUAAUCGUAGCUUCUGAAGUAGUGGAGCAUGUGGCUGACCUUGAAAUGUUUAUCAAGUGUUGCUCUCAGGUGUUAAAGCCUGAAGGUUCUUUGUUCAUUACUACAAUCAAUAAAACGCAGUUGUCCUAUGUCCUGGGGAUUGUGGUUGCAGAAAAAAUCCUGGGCAUUGUACCAGAAGGGACACAUGAGUGGGAGAAGUUUGUUCCCCCGGAAGAGCUGGAGCGCCUGCUGGAAUCAAGUAAGUUCUAGGCUGGAAUG